AUGACCUAAAGGUCCUAGUUACCAGGUCAUAAAAUCACUUUAAAAAAAAGCAGUUUGGUUGUAGUGCGGGGUCAAUGCCCCCUUGACACGUGCGAUGCGCGCGAACUGCCCCGCUUGCAAUACGACCGACGUAACUUGGCGAGUCCGAACUUCGCGCAGAAGGCUGCGCACAAACGUUUUUAGGAACCAAAUGGUGGUAUGAGCAACGUGCGCGGGGCGGAGGUCUAGGCUAGGGAUUGACUCUAUGUAAACUCAAUCGUCCCUUUAUUCAAUCAAAUAUCGCAAUCGAUUUUUAUCGAUUUGGAAUUUAUUGAUUUUUGUUUAUAUGAUAUACUGAAUCAAAUAGAUUUACAAACAUAUUAAAUGUUUAAACGAGAUUUCGACUUUAUAUAAAAAAAAAACGAAUAACAUUUUAUUUUCUUGGUUGAAAGACAUGAUUUAGUUAAAUAUUAGUUAGUUAUAUACGACUACUACAAUAGGGACUGUUUGUGAAUAUUUUAAACCUCUUAAAAAAUGGAACAUAAAUAUAUAUUUUUAUUUCAAUUUCAACCAUUUUGAAAAUUAAUCGAUUAAACAAUAUCCUCAGACACGCAUAUUGUACAUCCCUUUUUCUUGACAUCGUUUAUAUUCGUGCAUAUUCGGUAAUUCUCGGCAUGCGGUAAUGCAUCUCAGUUACACGUUAGCAUUGGUGUCGUGUUCGUGUCGCUAUCUCUGUCUUGAGUACGGGCGGUUACAAAAGGUUUCAUUGAUCGUUGUUAUUUGUUAUUAUUUUACUGUUAAGUUUUGUUUAGUGUUAAGUUUUUUGUUUAGUUUUAAGUUUGUUUUAGUAUAAAGUGUCCCUCGGUAUUUAUAUUAUUUCGCAACAAAGAUGCCACCAAAGCAUAAUAGUGUUUUAAAUCGUCAGGCGAGAAAAAAUAUUUUUGAUUUAACUCAGUAUUUUAAAAAAGAAAAAGAAGAAGGCGUAAAAGACGUUGACAAAGUUUUUUUAAAAGUUGCUAGCGCAACUGGUGUGUCGCAACGCACAGUACAGCGGAUCGCAACUGAAGGCAAUAUUUCGGGCUUACUUUCGGUAUUCCGCACGCCUGGCAAGAAAAGGUCUAAAUCAAAGCCUAUUACUGAUAUUGACAAUUUUGACCAAGGUGUAAUUAAAAGAUGCAUACACAAGUUCCACCAUACCGAAAAAGAAAUGCCAACAAUAAAUAAAUUAUUAGCGAAACUCAAACAAGACGUGAAUUUUCAAGGAGCUAAAACGAGCUUACAGGCUAUUGUUAAAAACUUGGGUUUCAAGUGGCGAAAGACCGAAACCAAUAGAAAGAUCCUUAUAGAGAAGACCGACAUUCGCCUAAAGAGGAUAUUGUACUUUAAAGCAAUAAAAAAAUACAGGCAUGAAGGGCGACCAAUCGUAUACACUGACGAGUCUUAUGCCCACUCAUCUCAUACAAAAAGUAAGGCAUGGUCAGAUGGUUCCGCUAAAGGACUAAAGUGUCCUAUAUCAAAAGGUCAGAGGAUAGUUAUGUUGCACGCUGGAUCAGAAGCAGGAUUUGUUCCGAAUACCCUGCUGAUGUUCAAAUCUGGGAACAAAACUGGAGACUAUCAUGAUGACAUGAAUUUUUCAAACUAUGAGAAAUGGUUACGGACUAAAUUGAUUCCAAAUUUGAGCCCUAACUCGGUGGUUGUUAUCGAUAACGCUCCAUACCACAACAACAUUUUGAAUCCUGCCCCUACAUCCAAUGACAAGAAAGCAAAAAUGGAAUCGUGGUUAGCAGAAAAGGGUAUACCAUAUGAAAAAGACAUGCGUAAACCGCGACUUUAUGAUUUAAUAAAAAAAAACAAAGACGGGCAUAAACAAUACGUGAUAGACGAAAUGUUUAAAAAAUACAACCAUGAUUCGAUUACCGCCUUAUCAUCCAGAUUUAAACCCCAUCGAGAUGGCGUGGGCUGCUAUUAAAGGGCACGUAGCGGCU